CUCCUGCAAGAGGUGCGCUGCAUGAAGCUGGUCCAGCACCCCAACGUGGUGCGCCUCUACGAGGUCAUCGACACCCACGCCAAGCUCUACCUCAUCCUGGAGCUGGGUGACGGCGGGGACAUGUUUGACCACAUAAUGCGGCACGAGGGCGGGCUGGCCGAGGCGCGGGCCAAGCACUACUUCGCCCAGAUCGUCCAUGCGAUCUCCUACUGCCACAAGCUCCACGUGGUGCACCGCGACCUCAAGCCCGAGAAUGUGGUCUUCUUCCAGGAGCAGGGGGUGGUCAAGCUCACUGACUUUGGCUUCAGCAACCACUUCCAACCCGGCAAGAUGCUAACCACCAGCUGCGGCUCGGCGCCCGGGCUCCUGCUGGGGGAGGAGUACGACGCACCGGCUGUUGACAUCUGGAGCCUGGGGGUCAUCCUCUACAUGCUGGUGUGCGGCCACCCCCCGUUCCAGGAGGCCAACGACAGCGAGACCCUCACCAUGAUCAUGGACUGCCGCUACACUGUCCCCCCACAUGUCUCGGCACCAUGCGCUGA